AUGUCAAAUAAUCAACAACAACAACAACAACAAAUUAAUCAAAGUAAUCAUCGUCGUAAAUUUCAUCAUGUAAGAAGAGAUAGUGAAGGAUAUUUGGUACGUAAUAUAUCAUUAGAAGAAAGAGCAAUAAAUUAUGAAAAUUACGAAAAUAAUAUUCAAGAUGAUUUUGAUGAUGAAAAUUAUCCCGAACAUAUAGGAAUUGGUGGUAAUGAUUAUGAUGAAGAAUACGAAUAUGCAUAUGAUUCGAAAAAUUUUAACGAUAAUGAUUACAACAAUAAUUAUAAAAAUAAUUAUAAAAAGAAUAAUAAUUAUAGUAAUAAUAAUAAUUAUAGUAAGAAAAAUAUAAAUAAUAAUGAUAUGGAUGAAAGUGAGGCAAAUUUAGAUGUGGAUUUAGAUGCAAAUAUGAAUACUCCAAAACAACUUGCUCCAUGCAAUACGAAACCUAUUCCAAAUUCUUUCACGUGA